CAAUUCGUUUGUUCUUGAGUGUGUUUGAGACAUCCUUUUUGUCCUUUUUCACUACUACUCGUACUAAGGACUGUACCCUUCUUGUUCGAUUUCGAUUCUCCAGUCUGUCAGUCUGGGCAUAUACCUACCUAGUAAAAAGACCAUUAUUCGUUGCGAUUCCCAUUCAUAUUAAGAAAUACCCAUGUUACACCAACAUUCGAGGGUCUUGAGAUGUUGUUGAAUGCUUCUGGUUAGGUCUUCCUUGCCCGGCCAGCCCUCGCCCUCUCUCUCAUCCUCAUCCUUGUUACCAUUAAGUACCAUCGCCACCAUCGCCACCAUCGCCACCACCAUAACGGCGUCCACCGACCCAGGUUAGGUCAGGCCAGGUCACAUGAAUCACCACCACAACCACCAACAUGGAGAGCCUGUCUCAAUUGAGACCGCCAAUGGCGAGGAGUCAGUGUCUCGCUCAAACACAUCGACAUCACAAGACAGUAUCGAAUUAGCCCGAAAUACACUGCAAGUCGACCUUGAAAAGGUAUAUUCGCGACACGAAGACCAGGAUGUCGCACCAGUUGAAAUUCUCCCCUCCGACCCAAAUGUGGUGAAUUGGGAUGGGCCAGAUGAUGAGGAAAAUCCAUUAAAUUGGACUAAUCGCAAGAAAUGGACUAAUGUUGCCAUCCUUGCUGCCAUUACCACCUUGACGCCACUUGCAUCAUCCAUGUUCGCACCAGCUGUUCCACAGAUGAUGGACGAAUUCGGACAAAGUAGCGUUGUCAUGUCUUCUUUUGUCGUCUCGGUAUACAUCAUCGGAUAUGCGUUUGGUCCGUUGGUGAUUGCGCCCAUGUCGGAAUUGUAUGGACGGUUAUGGGUUUAUCAUAUCAAUUCCUUCCUCUUCAUCAUCUUCACCAUGGCUUGCGGCCUGUCAACAAAUUUAGGCAUGAUAUGUGCCUUUCGAUUCUUGGCUGGAGUUGCUGGCUCUUGUCCCAUCACCGUUGGAUCCGGUUCGAUUGCAGAUACAUUUCCCCAGGAUGAGCGAGGGAAAGUCAUGUCGAUCUGGACAUUUCCCAUUCUGUUUGGUCCUUCACUUGGACCAGUGAUUGGGUCGUACCUAUCAGAAGGCGCAGGAUGGCGGUGGGAUUUUUGGUUGUUGGUCAUUUGCGGAGGAGUACUGUUGAUCCUCUCUUUGAUCGUACAGCAGGAGACGUACGGACCAGUGUUGCUGGAGAGGCGAGCUGCUCGACUUCGAAAAGAAACAGGCAACAUGAAAUUGCGAUCGGCUCUUCAAUCGACUAAAACAGCACGCCAACUCUUCUUCUUCUCCCUGACCCGACCACUCAAGAUGUUGUGUUUGUCGCCCAUCGUCUUUGGCUUGUCGCUGUACAUUGCCGUGUCAUACGGAUACAUGUAUAUCCUGAUCACGACGCUGACACCAGUGUUUCACGAGGAUUACGGAAUUCCUCUGAACAACGUGGGACUGGUGUUCCUAGGGUUCGGAGUAGGACAGUUUGCCGGCCUGUUCGCAUUUGGGGCAUUCUCGGACCGAUACCUGAAGAGGUUAUCCCGGGGCGGCGAGAUGAAGCCCGAGUAUCGUCUUCCUCUUUUGUGGCCCGGCUUCUUUGCCACUCCAAUAGGCCUGUUCCUCUACGGCUGGACCGCAAAUUACCCCGAUCGUAUCCAUUGGAUCGUUCCCAUCAUUGGGACCGGGGUUCUGGGUGUUGGAAUGAUCUCGGCCUUCAUGCCGAUUGGGACAUACCUGGUUGAUGCUUACCAUAUCUACGCGGCCAGUGCGAUGGCGGCCAACACGGUGCUUCGCAGUCUGGGAGGUGCGUUCUUACCGUUAGCGGGACGAAGGCUUUACUCGACUCUAGGACUGGGGUGGGGGAAUAGUCUUCUUGCGUUCAUCGCCCUGGCCAUGUUUCCCAUGAUGUGGAUAUUCAUCAAAUAUGGGGAAAGGAUACGAAAAAGGUUUGAGUUGAAUCUCUGAUGGAGUAAAGUGGUAUAUGGAUGGGUUUGUGCAUUUAAUGGAGCCGGGGAUUUUUAUAGCCACAAGGCACUUGGGAAUAGCGAUGAAGGUGUCAAAACAAGGC